AUGUCUAUCAGAAUCAUUGGUGAAAUAAUUAAUAAUCUCACUUUUACUGUCGAAGAAAAGUCCACUUUACGCUAUUACUUUUUUAAAAAUCCUAAUGAAGUAGAUAAAGCUUUAAGUUUACUUGAAACUUGCCAAACGAUUGAAGAAAAACAUGACUUUAUAAGAAAGAUUUUUUUAAAGACUGAUGAACCUCAAGCCAAAUGUAUUCUAACUGUUGAGAAAAUCGAAAAAGCUAUUAAACCAUAUAUUCAUGAUCUACCUCGUGAAUUACCAGACAAUAUCCCAAAUGAUGUUUCUGACAUUUCAACUUAUUUAAAGUUUGUAAAUCGUGAAAAAGAGAUCAUUAAACUUAUGACGAAUAUGAAUAGUUUGUAUCUCCUUGUCACAAAUCUAAAAGCGUAUAAGCAACCAAGAAAGGAAAUAAGAUUUCCCACGGCUGUUAGUACGGCUGGAAAAGGGAAAACAACAUUUGCUCGAAUGGCAUUUGAAAAUCAAGAGAUUUAUUCUGAAAUAGUACAUGAUGAAGUUGUAGAUGCGGUGAAAGAAUGUCGUAAUGCGGGCCAGAUUUUUCAAAUCAUGUGUGAUAAAUUAGCAGAUGAUGAUUUAGAUUUUCCCGAAACGUCUUUCGCGAUAAGGUUACUAUACGAGGCUUUGAAAGUUCAGAAGAAUAUCGAUAUCACAUUUAUAAAAUUUAAAAAUAUACUUGGAAUUCGUACGAUUGAACUCGAUCAAGUUAUUGAUGUAAUCUUAGAUUACUUCCCAGAUAACAAAAAAGACAAUAAACCCCUUUUUAUAAUUAACAUUGAUGAGACAAAUGCUCUUGCAAGAAUCACAUCAAAUGGUUAUUUUCUUUUUAUUGUGCUAACUGGAACACAUGCAAACGCGUUGUUUGAUGUAAUAAUAUCAUCAAACUCGAAAAUUGAAGACAUAGCUUUACCACUGUUGAAAACUGAACAUGCUAAAGAAGUUAUAUUAGAUCUUGCUAACCGGGGAGUAAAUGAUGAGACAAAAAGGAUCAAUAAGAUUUCCACCCAUCUGGAGUAUAUAAUCGAACUUCUAGGUGUUAUCGGUUGUUUUCUAGAAGUCAUGAUAUUUCAAAUGGGUAUCAUUGGUACAGCCGUUGAGUGUGAUGCAUCUACGUGUAGGAUGAAAUUUUAUCAAAGCGGAUUACGAUACUUCCUUCAAAAAUGUCAAUAUGAAAUGGAAUCUUGCCAAAGGCUUCUUGAUGCACUGAAAAAACAAAUCAGUAUAAAGUAUUCCCGGUACUUUGAAAUUUUUAUGGAGAAUGAAAAUCUUGAACUUAUCCCUAUUUUAACAGCCUACACCAUAUUUGAGUGGCCUGUUGAUCGGUCAACUACACUUGGUAUUAAGCAGCGUAAAGUUGAAGAUUUGGAGAAAGAUGAGCUUAUUUUCCUAGAAGGAAAUCAUAAAAAGAAGAUAAAGCUCCCCUUUCUUAUUCUCCAUGAGAUUUUUUCUAGUUGUAACACUUCCAUAAUUCUACAAAUCAAGAUUCUCGAUACUCUGAGCAAUGCAUUAUCUCCAGAUCAAAAUGAACAUUUGACAAUUUCGGUGAUUAUGUUCCGAUUAUGGGCAAUUUACCAAAGAGCAAUUGAAAUAGGAUCUAUUGAUCCAUACAAAUGUAUGCUCUCCCAACUUAUCCCAUUGCGUAAAAAUCAGAAAGAUAUAUCCCUUGAAUUUAAGCCUAAAUUUCUUGUACAAUUAACAAAUAAGAAGAUUGAUCAAAAGAAUUGGAAAGAUUUU